AUGCCAAUCCUAGACGGAACGACACCGAACCGCGUUGCGAUCAUCGGGGCGGGAGUGGCGGGUCUGGUUUGCGCUCGCAUUCUCACGCGUGGGGGGUUUUCGGUUCGGUUGCUGGAAGCCUCCGAUGGCGUCGGGGGACGUGUCCGCACCGAUGAAGUGGACGGGUUUUUGCUCGACAGGGGGUUCCAGGUGUUCAUCGAGGCGUACCCGGAGCCUACUCGACAGCUCAACUACGAGACCCUCAAACUGCAAAAGUUUGAUCCCGGCGCGAUCGUGCGUUACGACGGAGGGUUUCACCUCGUGUCCGACCCCAUUAGAAAACCCGGGGCUAUUGUGGACGCGUUGGUGGCUCCCGUGGGCACGCUGGUUGACAAGAUUCGUGUCGGCCUUCACCGAAUAGCGAUCGUCUUUCAAAAGGACGAGGAAAUAUUUGGAGCUCCAGAGGAGACGACAUACGAUUUCCUGACCGAUACCCUAGGCCUCAGCAGCUCCAUGGUAUCGAGGUUUUUCGCUCCGUUCUACCAGGGCAUCUUUCUUUCUCCCCUUGAGGAGCAGUCGUCCCUUCUCUUCAACUUCGUCUUCAAGAUGUUCUCGGUGGGGUCCGCCUCUCUGCCCGAGGGGGGCAUGGGAGAGGUGCCCAAGCAAAUAGCCGCCGAUUUGCCCGACGGGUGCCUGCUGCUGAACACGAAAGUGGUGUCCUUGGACAAGAUCGAGGAGGACGACUACGAUGACGACGAGGGCGAGGGGGACGCCCUCCUCCCCUACUCGGGGUCGUUCGACGGCUCCCCUAGGGUGAGGCUUACCCUCGAGGACGGCAGCGAGCUGCUGGCGCACGCGGCGGUGGUGGCCACCGAGGCCCCCGUCGCCGCGGAAUUGCUGGGGGAGGAGGCCGCUCUCGGCGGGGGAGCGUCGCCCAGCACGGGGAGGUCGAGCACGUGCUUGUACUACGCCAUCGACGGACCUGCGCCGGUGGGUGGGCCGAUCUUGGUGCUGAAUGGGGAAGGAGCCAAGUCCAGCGGGCCAGUGAACAACGUGGUCUUCUUGGAGCAAACGGCCCCAUCGUACGCCCCCGCGGGAAAGUCGUUGGCGUCUGUAACCGUGGUCGGAAGCCCCGACUGCAGCGACAGCGAGCUCGAGGCGAAGGUGCGCGCUCACCUCGCGGAGUGGUUCGACAAGAACAAUGGGGGCGACGCGGGGGCGGGGGGCUUGCCGACGCGAGGGGCGGACGUGGCCAAGUGGAAACACCUCCGAACGUACCGCGUGCCGUACGCCCAGCCCGCGCAGCGACCACCGGUCAGGGAGGGUGGGUUCUACGGGAGGAAGGUCCAGGUGGACGACGCGAUAUUCGUGUGCGGUGAUCAUCGAGCGACGCCGACCCUCGACGGGGCAAUGAAGUCCGGGGUGCUUGCCGGCGAGGCGGUCACGACUGACCUUAUCGCGGGCGAGAGUCGCCCCAUCAUGCGCAAAGGGCAACCAUACCGGAGACGGAAGCAAGUCCGGGUGUAGGAGGGUCGCGUGUCGUAGCGCACCAGGGUGACUGACCUCUUGAUGUCUUAGGAGCGUGGUUCUCUCUUUCCUGUCGUAUCGCGCUCGCUCUGGAUGUCUCUGCUCGGCUUGAUUUAAAUUCAACCGAGGUAGUGUUGAACCAUGCACAACUAGUGCCUGCGUAGCUGUUUCGCUCGGUUCGUGGCAAGGCGGUUUAGAAUUUUUCGUUGACUUUGGCCGUGGUCCGCUCGAGGUCGGCAUCGUUCUUUGGAUCUUGGCUAGGGUUGGUCUACACCUGUUCGGUGGCAUUUCACCUCCACUGCCCGUGAUUUGGCUCCACCGUCUCUUACGUACGAUAUAUGGUAAAUACACCUAGGCGUUUUUGCCAGUACUGCUGUGAUAGCGGUCGGAAUCAUGGAGCGCAGGCUACCACAGGCCAUGCCACUGAGGGCUGAUUCGGGUCGUGGCUGGGUUCCGUGUCGCGGUAUGUUGGCCGUCUUUUGAGUCCCAAGCACAAGGGGGGGGAGGCUGGAGACCACAACAGAGUCCAUUCCCGAAUGAACGGCUGGUGUCUUUUUUCGGUGUGCUCGAGACAUGUUACAUGUAUGUGCUAUCACGGAACGGGUAAGAUGCCAAUCAAGGUCGAAUUGCUGCAGCCAUAUUUGAAUCAAAUUGAUUUUGUGUUGCGGCUCUCGGGCAGGCAUCUCAAGGUAGUCUGUGCUGGAGAACGGACGUUCGACGCCUCUACUGUUGUACAUGUCUUCAACGGCCGGGAGGGUGGGUGUGACAAUCUGCCUCGCUCAUCGUAAGAACACUGCUGUUCUGCACCAAGUGACAUCAGGUCCUCUGAUGCCCGCACGGUCUAUUCCUUUGCUUGCGACACCAGACCACCUCACUUGACGUGCUAAAAAGGAUUUCCGUACGCACAUACAGAGUCCUGCUCUGUGAGCAUGCUGUCCUCGCCGAAGACCAAAAACAUUACGCGAAGCCGAAACCGUACAAACACACAUUUUUGCUUUUUUGGUCUUCACCUCAAAUCAGCGCUCACAGCACACGAGUGCCGUUUACUCCAACCCGUGGUCACACAGAAGAACUCCUCUCUACCCUCCCCUCCUGCGGUACUUUGCCUUUGGUAGGAGUUUUUUCCGCGCGCGAAGCGCGCGUGCGAAAAUAAAAACGGAGCGAUAGCGGAGUUUUUUUUUCGCAAAAAAACUGUUUUAGAUGGGUCCUUUUGUUUCCCCGCCUGGGUUCAGCGCACGUUGAAUAACACCGCCUGUCAGCCCGACCCCUGAAUUAAUUACUGAAGGAGAAAUAAAUACACGCACAGAAAGACUACCCAUUCGAGAUAUACCCACAGUCGAACGGGAUGUGGUGGAGUCUUUUCAGUAAGUGGAGGGAAACCGUCUGGGUACUGGACUUAUUUCGAGUCUUUGUAAGUCUAUACACUGAUGAUUUAUCAGUGAUGCCAGCUGGUGCUAAGCACAAAAACAUCUGUAUAGGUAAAUCUACAUUUCACAAUACAUCCCCUGUAGUUCUAUACUGGGUCAACGACAAAAUAUCGGGGAGAAUCCCUCCGUAGUGUCGUGUACUGUAAGAUGUGACCUUCACAGGGGACACGGCGCAGUGUCUAUUGACAGCUUGCUGGUUUUAGGAAUUUAUGGAGGAAUAAAUAAUAUUGAUGUAAAAUCAUGGAAGAUGGAAAGAAGGCUACAACAGCAGUACAUCACUCGUUUUUCAAACCUAUAGAUUUUUGAAUUUUACGGGCAGUAGGUGUUUACGCCGUUUUU